AUGUGGAGGCUUGGGCUCUCCCUAUUGGCAGCUAUGGUGUUGCUAUUUUUCGGCUAUUCUACAGCAAAGACAGUCACAUAUGACUUCAACGUCACCUGGGUUACCGCCAACCCUGAUGGAUUGACAGAGAGAAAAGUCAUAGGUGUGAAUAAUCAGUGGCCACUACCAAUAAUAGAGGUCGAGAAGGGGGAUCAAUUGGUUGUUAACAUGCACAAUGGGCUCGGAGACAAGAACGCUUCAAUCCAUUUCCACGGGAUGUAUCAAAACGGUACGAACGAAAUGGACGGCCCCAUCAUGGUGACCCAAUGUCCGAUUCCUCCUGGAGCAGAUUUCGUCUACAACUUUACUGUCAAUCAAAACGGAACUUACUGGUAUCAUUGCCAUGCCGACUAUUGUUACCCCGAUGGAUAUCGACAAGCUUUGAUCGUUCACGACACUGAGUCCUACUUCUAUGAUCAAUACGAGGAGGAAUUUACGGUGACUAUGAGCGACUGGUACCAUGAAUUAGUCGAGGGAAUCGCUCCAGACUUUUUGUCAGUGUACAACCCAACUGGAGCCGAGCCAAUCCCGCAAGCUUUCCUGUUCAACGACACUCUCAACUCAAAUAUCAUGGUCAAGCCAAAUACAACGUAUCUCAUCAGGCUGAUCAACAUUGGCGCCUUUGUUGCUCAGUACUUCUACAUCGAAGACCACACUUUCACAAUUGUCGAGAUCGAUGGGAUAUAUACAGAACCAACUGAAGCGGAUACUCUCUACCUUGCCAUCGCCCAGCGUUAUGCUAUUCUUCUGACAACCAAGAACACGACGGACAAGAAUUAUCCCAUUGUCACUGUUGCGGAUUCCGCUCUUCUCGACGGCAUUCCGUCAGACCUGAAGCUCAACCAAACCAAUUGGCUGCAAUACAAUGCCGAUGCGGACCAUCCUCAAGCGGUAAUGACCGUCGACGAUGCCACACAGCUCAAUCCUUUUGACGACAUCACUCUGAUCCCACACGACCGGAUGCCGCUCCUACCAGAACCAGACUACACCCUCGAGCUGAGCGUUAAUAUGGAGAACCUUGGCAACGGUGCUGGCUACGCACUCCUCAACAAUAUCUCUUACACCGCCGCCAAGGUCCCCACCAUCUUCUCCGUCAUGUCCUCCGGCGACCUCUCCACCAACUCUCUCGUCUACGGCGAGUUCACCCACCCCCUCGUUCUCGAGCACAACGACGUUGUGCAAGUAAUUCUCAAUAACAACGACGGCGGUUCGCACCCCUUCCACUUGCACGGCCAUGCAUUCCAAGUCAUCGACCGCGCACCCGCUUACGGCGCCACAUUCUACGACUAUGCAGACGGCGACCCAGUACCUUAUGAUGAGGCAAACCACACCGCGUUCCCGCAAUACCCUGCUCGAAGAGAUACGUUUGUAUUGCCCCCACAAGGAUAUUUUGUCAUUCGUUUCGUGGCAGAUAAUCCGGGUGUCUGGAUGUUCCACUGCCACAUCGACUGGCAUCUCUCGCAAGGUCUCGGCCUGCUCUUCAUCGAAGCACCAACGCAAAUGCAAGAGCGGCUCAACAUCCCUCAGAACCACUACGAUGUUUGUAAAGCUGGCGGAAUCCCAACUGAAGGUAACGCUGCCGCGAAUACAGAGGAUUAUCUGGAUUUGAAGGGCCAGAAUAAACAAGUGGGGUGGCUGCCUGCAGGCUUCACGGCGAGAGGUAUUGUUGCAUUAGUGUUCAGCUGUGUUUCAGCUGUGGUGGGGAUUAUAUUUUUGGUUGUGUAUGGGUUGAGUGAUUUGAAGUUUAAGGGGGAGGGGGCUGAUGGUGCUGCGGAGACGAGUGAGGUUGCAGGAAAGGGUGCUGGGAAGACUACGGUCGCCGAGGCGUCGAGGGAAAGCUCGAAUGAGGAGAUAAAGUGAUAAUUUGGACUGUUAUGGAAGAACUUGUGAUGUACUCCAGAAGUUAGCACUCAGCAGCGAGAGGCCGAAAUUAUUUGCAUGUAUACAAAUCUCCUUUUCAGAGAGAGGUCAUAUUGUCGGCAUCUUGAGGUCAAAGCUUAUUCGUCAAUACUUUGAAUAUUCUAAGAUUGUUGUUAAGGUUCUUUAUUUGGUGACAUUUCAGUAUUGAGACUAGUUAUCUUCUGAAGAUUGGUGGUAGACUCUGUAG